UAAGUGUAUUGUUGAUGUGUCAAAUCAAUUCGCAGCAAAGUUGAAUUAGCUAAACAUUUCAACACAGAUACAUCAAAUUCACCCCAAUUCCCGAAUUAAAACCUUUUCCCUCUUUCUAACCGAUUUUCUAUUUUCUGUUUAAUAAAAAAAAAAACGCGUUAGAUAUUUAGUUAUUUACAUUCCCUAAAAAAGAAGCAAAAGAAUCCGAUAAAAGGCUAAAAGCAUUUAUCCUAUCAUCAAAUAAUAAUAAAAAAAAAUCGUGGAAAAACACUCAUAAUUAAAUAUCCCCACCUUUUCUGAUUGACUUUCCCCUUCCUCCGAACUUUCCCGUCCGUCGCCCCUCUCUCCCUAUAUAAUCCUCCCUCCGCCUUCCUCCACCGCCAAACAAACACAGAAACGGAAUCCUCUGUCUCAAUUUCUCCCCCAAAUCUUCAAUCCGAACCCUAAAUUUCCCAAUUGUUCGUUCCCUCUUUCUCCUGAAACCAAAAAAAAAAGAAGAAGAAGAAUACCGAUCAUGGAGUGCAGGCCGAUAGAGAUCACGAUCCAAUCAGCGAAGGACCUCAAGGACGUCAACCUCCUCUCCAAGAUGGACGUCUACGCCGUCGCCUCCAUCAAAGGCGACCCCAAAAGCUCCAAGCAGCAGAAGCACAAGACUCCCGUCGACAAGGACUGCGGCCCCAACCCUAGGUGGAACCACCGCGUCAGCUUCACCGUCGACGAGCCCUCCCUCCACCAGAACCGCCUCACAAUCAAAUUCGAGAUCUUCUCCGACCGCAGCCUCGGCGACCGCGAGAUCGGCGAGGUCAACGUCCCCGUCAAGGAGCUCUUCGACGCCGCUGGGGCGGCGGGGGAGAAAUCGACGACCUACGCGGUCAGGACUCCCAACGGCAAGAGCAAAGGGACGCUGACGUUCGCCUACAAGUUCGGCGAGAAAUUCUCCGCCCCGGCCGCCUCGCCGAAGGCGGUGAAGCAAGAUCCGAACCAGCCGAUGAUGGCCUACCCGCCAAAUCUCGGAGUCGGGGCGGGCGGCAGCUCGGGUUACCCGCCGUACCAACCGCCGCCGCCUCCUCCGCCUCAACACGGAGCUUAUCCGGGUCAUCCGCAGGGCGGGUACCCGUAUCCAUACCCGGCCCAACCGGGUUACCCGCCUCAGCCUGCUUACGGAGGCUACCCGCCUCAGCCGGGUUACGGUGGGUACACGGGUUAUCCGCCGCAGCCCGCCUACGGCGGGUACGGAGCUCCGAUGGCGCAGAGGCCUCACAAGAGCGGCGGAGGAAGCGGAGGUAAGAUGGCGCUGGGAGUCGGAGCCGGGUUGCUGGGCGGGUUGUUGGUCGGUGAUAUGAUUUCAGAUGUUGGGGAUAUGGCGGCUUAUGAUGCGGGUUAUGGUGCCGGGUUUGACGAUGGAUUUGACUUCUGAUGAGGAUUUCUAUAAUCCUUUUUUUUUAUGUCAUUUUUUUUGUGUGUUUUGUUUGAGCGUUUUCUUUAUUUGAGAAAUUAGCUUUGUGUCCAAUUGUCAUCAACUCAUGUAAUUAGGGAGGAAACGGAGGAGUUUUAUUGGAGGGUUUGUGUACAUCAAUAAUUAAUUCAUGUUUAUGAAAUUUGGGUGAUAUGGUGUGGAAUUUGAUUGAUAUGAUAUGGAAUAGACGACUCGUGUAAUUUGAACUUCAGAUUGAUAGGUGGAAUCAAGUUACAUUACAGGAUUUGUAGAAAAGUCACUAUGUAGUUGAUAGGGCAAAAGCGUAAUGUUUCAAUUCCUAUCUUGUAGUAAAACUGGAAAGUUCGG